AUGGCUCGCAAGGCAAGACAAGGCUGCUGGACAUGUAAACACCGCAAGAUUGGCUGCGACAAGACUGAGCCGAACUGCAGAAACUGCAUCCGCACAGGGCGAUCAUGCCUCGGGUAUGGCCUCCGACUGACGUGGCCCGACAGUCCAGACGGGAGGCGGAAGGGCGGCGGUAGCAUUACCCACGUGCUAUCACCAGGGCAUUCCAUUCCAAGGCGACUGUGCGGCAGCCACUUCCUCAACACUACAUAUGAGGACUUUGCCCUGGCACAACUUGGUCCCGGUGCCCGCUCCUUACCACUUGGCAGGCCGCGUUGCAGCCUUUCAAUUCACACGCCACUAUCUGGCCAAGAUGGAAUGUUCCUGCGAUACUACGAAAGCAUCAUAUCUCCAAUGGUCUCGACUACCCGAGCCCGGAAUAGCUUCACCACGGAAAUUCUCCCGCGAGCGCUAUCAAACAAGUCACUGUCCGCAACUGCGCUAUGCAAUGCAACACUAGCAAUCUCGGCAUUCCACUUGUUCAGCUCUGAAGCAGCCUUGCUUUACAAGUCAAAGGCAGUCUGGCAUCUCUCUAAAUCACUAAGCUCUGCCACUUCCCUCGCACUCCCUGAAGCUACAGAAACUCAGUUAGCUGCUUGUAUGAUGCUGUUCAUGUAUAGUGUAUUCGACGACAAGGAACCUAGCUGGCAUAUUCACCUGGACGGAGCCAAGAGGAUGCUCGACAGCUUCAACUCGACUCAGGCGUCGCUCUCGUCCGUCUUUCUCCCGUAUUGGUUUUUGUACUAUCAAGUACUAAAAGACUUUACUCGACCUACCCAAGAGAGCCCUGGUAGCGGAGCAGUGGAAUCGCUGUGGCUAUGGCAAUUGCCAGGGCCCGACAGAUCCUGGGUCAUCGGAUACUUGGGCUGCUCCAUCGAGGUUUUUGAGGUCCUAAGCAAAAUCAACCGGAUGAGGUUAUCAUCAGGCUAUAAAGAUAGCUCGUCGCCGUUGCUGGAGCUGACCAAAUGCCGAAAUAUACUGGAACUCAGACUGAACAACCUACUCCAAUUUCUUGAUCCCGAGGAGGAGCAUUCCACCACACCGAUUGAACGCGCCCGUAUCUUGGCCAAGGCGGAGUUAUACCGACUAGCAGCACUGCUCUACCUUCUGCGUGUCUGUCCUGCGGAUGGGGAUGGCAUCGCGAGGAACGCUUACCUUGACCAGGCGCACAAGGUUCUCGACAUGCUGCCCGUUGUGUCAAGCCCUUGGCCUCUUUUCAUCGUUGCCUGUGAGUCGCAGACGGAUGAGCAACGAGUCAUCAUUCUCCGCGUACUAGAUGAGAUGGAAAAGGCGCGGAAUAUCGGAAAUAUUCAUGUCGCGAGACGUAUUAUCGAAAUGUUCUGGAAGCAGAAAGACCUUCAGGGCCCUGGGAGUCGGCUGAUGUAUUGGCAUCUCAUCGACAGGGAUGACAAGGUUCCAUGGUUUGCAUAG